UCUCCGAUACUAUAAACGCCCUGCUCAUCGAUCCCGUACGAUUUGCCCGUGGCGAAAGAGGAGGGAAGGGGAGGGAAGGGGCGCCUCACAAACCGCCGCCUACUUCUGCUCUCUACCGCACCUCGCAGAGACGGUGGCCGACGCUGGAGCCCUCGUGCGAUCGUCCUGCGAUCGUCCUGCCGAUGGCCUCGACUGGCACCAUCGCCGUCAGCGGCGCCACCGACGAUCCGGUUUUGAAAAGGAAGUAUGAGCUGGAGAAAAUUCACUGUGAAUUGGGUGGAAAUAUAACCAGAAUCUUUUUAGACUUCAUGACAAAAACUGCAAAAUAUGAGGAGCUGGUUGAUGUGGGAAAGAGGUUUCUUAUUGGAUUUCAUGGAUCGAUAGAAAAGUUUAGGAGUUCAGAAUUUCAGAAGACAUCAGAGAAUGUUGCUGUCACAAUUGGUGCCAAUUGGAAUGAGCGAAUGAAGGCUUAUGUUGAAGCUGGGUACAGACAUCACCAACAAAGUGUACAAAAUAUAUCUAACUUGCAUAUUUGCGUACAGGGGCUUCAAGACCAUUUGAAGAAAGUAGAAACUUUGCUCCAUGAACUUGUUUGCCUAAUGGAAGACGCCAAUGGUGUCACACAAGCUGCAAAUCAAAAUAUUUCAGCUCUGUUGGAUGACACUCCUAGUGAAGAAAUGCUGUGUCUGGUUCUUUCUUUCGAGGAGGAAACAAUAUCACAGGUCAUUAUAAUGAGGGUCAUCAGUCACAUGCUGAAGCUUGACUGUGAUAUGCAGAAAAACAUUGUUCGGGCUCUCAACCUUAAAACAUCCUCACCAGAACUAGAAAGCUACCGUCUGAUGUGGGAUCUGCACCCUUACAUAAAUGUUGAUGUCAUGCAUCUCGCAUGGAGACUUGUACCACCUCAAGAUCAAAGAUUCUGCCACUAGUUAAUGGUGACGUUGGUCAGUCAAAGAGAAGGAAUUUGGUCUUUCAAGAUAUUUUGUUAAUUAUUGUUUUAUUUUUUUUCUUUAUUACAGACAAGGAACUCUCUUUUGUGAGUUUAUUGCUUCUAGAGGUAGUCAAGUCAGGUAUUGUCGUAAUGUUUUCUUUCUGUUGUCAGGUGCCUCAGUUGGGAGACAUUUUGUUGGACUGAGACGGUAAUAGUGUAUUAAAAAUCAUUAAAAAACAAAAAAAACAUAUUUACUA